AUGACCUCAGUGCCAGGAACGGUUACGGAACAGACCAACUUGAGUAGGAUCAAACAGCACACGUGGGACAGCUGGGGGAUCAGGCCCAGCGAGCGUGGGCUCAUGAAAGACAGGUCCUGCUUCACCAAUGUGAUCUCCCUCAGGACAAAAGCUCGAAAGCUCAGCCUCAAAGCUGAGCUGCCCCAGGGAGCAGCACAGGGGCUGGAUGCGGAGCUGCAGACAGACAGCAUUCGGCAGCAGCAUGGCUGGGUCAGUGCUGCCCCUCUGCCUGCUGCUUGCUGCCACCCUGCGCGGCAGCUUGCCCGAUGCCCCAGGGCUCACAGCCCGCACUCGCCCUGUGCUGUGGCGGCUGCGGCGGCUGGAGGAGCAGGUGGGUGCUGGGCAGCCGGGGGGGUGCAGCACAGCAGGGCCCAUCCCUGUGGCGUCCUUCACACCACUCCAUUGCAGUUUCGCUGGUUCCAGGAGGUGACACUGAGCCAUCUCCAGAGCAUCGCCAGGAACUACAACAUCUCCUACAACAUCGACAGCCGCUUUCGGUCACUGGCGGAGCAGGCGGAGGCGGCCGAUGCAGCCCGGGCUGCCCUGGGCACUGAGCUGGCCCGCCUGGCUGCUGUCAGCCGGCGGCUGCAGCGCAGUGUAAGGAGGCUGGAAGGGCGAGCCCCGAGCCCCCACGCCGAGCCACGGAGCCUGCGGGAUGCAGUGCACAGCCAGCAGAAGCUGCAGGACUCAGUGCCCCUCAGUGCUCUCGGCCCUCGGCCCCUCAAGGUGAGGCAGCAGCAGCAGCAGACGGAGGAAAGGCAGCGAGUGAUGGUGGAGACUGGACCCAGCAGAAUGCCCGUGGAGGACACUGAGCCACUCAGUGACACCGAAGCUGUCACAACAGCACUGCCCACUUCAGCCACUGGACCCCAGGAGCAGUUCCUGGCCCCCCAGCAGCCGGAGACAGGUGGGUGCAGGGACGUUUGUCCAAGGACUGAGUGCUGCUUUCCCUCCCCAGUGUGCAGUGUGGGCUCCGUGCUGCUGUUCCCCAACACCUCAGCCAGUGAUGGUGCUGUGCUCCAGCCGAGGCUGCACGUGGGGCUGUGGGAGCUGUCAUUCUGCACCUGGCUGCUCACCCCAGCUCCUCACCUUGGUGCUGUCCUGUCCUACACCGGCGAGGCCGAGGCCAGCAAGCUGGCCCUGCACGGGGACCACCCUGGGUUUGCACGUUUUGUCAUCGGGGACACAGAGUUUCGGCAGCUCCUGGUGACACCGCUCUUGGAUGGCAAGUGGCACCACCUCUGCCUCACCUGGUCAUCCAGCCACGGCCAGUACCGUGUCUACGUGGACAGGAGGCUGCUGGCUGCCGGCUCCGGUUUCCAGCAGGGCUAUGAGGUUCCCGCUGGUGGCUUGCUGGUACUGGGCCAGCAGCAGUCCCACAGCGUGGGCUUUGUGCCCUUUCUGGGCCAGUUGGCUGGCCUGGCCCUCUGGAACCGGGCUCUGCUGCCUGGAGAGGUGGCCAGCAUGGCGACCGGCCAGGGGCUGCCCCACGGGCCCCUCCUGACGCUGGCUAAUGCCACCCUGCAGGGUGACGUGCACAGGAAGGGGUGUGCCUGCCUCCAGCACUGCCCGUGAUGGCAGCAGGAAUGGUGCCGGCUUCCAGUAGUGCCCAGGCAGUGUGAGCUGCAUGCCCCGGGUGAUGGGACACAUACCAUGGGCUGCCUCGUGGCCAGGUGCCACUGAUGGGUGAUCAUGUCCCUAGGCAGUUGUGGGCAGUCCUGUGGGGGGCAUCAGGCACAGGUCUGCUUCACCACAUCUCCAGCUCCUUCCCCCAGGAGCACGUACAGCACCAUUGUUCCUAUUAAAGUGCUUCAGGCAUAGAAGAAAUGGGAUUUAUUUUUGUUCUCGCUUUUCACUGCAGCACUCAGUGCCUCUCACUGCUCUGCUGGGUGCCGUGUCUCACAACAAGCUGUGCAGAACGCAGUUUCAGGUGGGCUUUAAUGUACAGUGGUGCUCUCCGCAAGCUGGCUGCAUCUGCACCCGCAUGGCUCCCAGGUGCGCGGGCUCUCCUCGCUGUGCUGCCGUGCUCACGUGGCGCAGUGCCAGGCCGGGUGACAGGCAGGUGCUGGCCGCGUGCCCCUGCCACCAACAUCUGCCACUGAGUCACACCCGGGGAGGUUGGGGCAUGGAAACACCCAUGCCCUGCGAUGAGCCAGAGCCGCCAGGCACACCGCCCCGCGUGUCCGCCCUGCCCUGCAGCCACAGGGCCCCGCGGGUGGUGCCGA